UUCAAAAUACAGAAAUGACAAAUACUGCUGUUAAUUGACUAAUACAGCCUAUUAACCUGGAACAGUGACCACGACGGGAACAAUGAAUCGUUGUUGGAAGAAAAUGAUCCUAAUGUGAUUGAUUCUACACAUAAACAAACAUGUCCAUCUUCAUCUCGUUCAGUAUUCAGUGUACCAGCUUGAAAAACAUAAAACAUUCAGUCACUGCACAUUUUUAGUUAAAACUCCAGAUUGUGCUAUAUUGAUCAGGUGGAAAUGCACACACCACAUCUCUGACGAAAAACCUCUGUUUUCACCUACAAGCUCCUGUCAGCUUGCAAACAACAACACUGACCAUCUUGACUCGUGUUGUAGUUUUACGGACCAAGCUUCUUCUUUUUUCCAGCAAGGACACGAUGUCCUGUAAGCAAUCCACAGAUCCAUCUUGACCCUUUAUUUCAUAAUAAGGUCCGCAUCUAGACCUCUGUCUUAAUGCAGUGCCAUCUAAGUCUCCUUCAGAAAGUUGGUGAGCCUAUUAUAUAGUCUGUCUGACCCACCAGCUCUGUGACACCUCACUCAACACAUCUGACAAUUGAUCUCUUCAUCCUACACAAACCAUCCCGAUUUUGAACUGGAGAGGAUAUUUAUGACGGACUCUAUAAACCUGAAGAGUCGGUAAUGGGAAAUGUCGAUAAAAAUCGCUCCCUUGAGAUGUAUUGCUUGUAAUACUGAGGAUGAGUUGUUCUCGCUGUAGAAUGACCGUGAAAUAUAUGGGGCUGUAAGUCAGAGACCAUCAGGAUUGUCGGAAAAAUGACCCGGCAUCAUUGGAGGUAAUUUUCCAAAGAAUAGGUGGUAUAUUUUGCAAAGAUUUGUGCGAUUAAAUAGCCUAAUGCAGCCAAAUAAUUUGGUCUUAGACUACUGCCACCUGGUUAAUUUAAGUUUGAUCCCAUUUAUUUCCAGCAGGCACACAGAGGGAAAGAGUGUGAGAGACAGCAAGGGAGAGAGAGAAUUUCUCUCUCUUUGACCUUCAGUCCCUCGUCAUCAAGCUCAUAAGUACAUGUACACACACACACACACAACCAGGGACUAAUUUGCCCUCCUUUAGAGAUCAUUGCCCUUUACUGGUAAUAAAUCAGCAUUGUGCUCAUUCUCAAGGGAAAUGGACGGUCAAUCCCAUAUGCCCCAGAGUGACAGGAUGGGUUGUGCAAGCAUCACUACACAUAAGCGCCCAUUUAGCACCACAUAAUACACACACACACACAUACACACACUGAAAGACUACACAGUGAGGUGAGUCUGCUCUCCUUGCAAGAAAAAUCCCAAAGGUCAACUUCUAGUAGAUGGGGGUGGAACACAGUUUGUUGAUGGUCAUCUCUCUCUGUAGCUUAAUUGGCCCAUAAAUCUCUGUAUGCCAGAUCAUAUGAUGAGAGUUGUGAGAACCAUAUGUUCAAAACCAAGGUGAGCAGGGUUAUGGUGUCUCAUUGUCAUAGUCACUACUACCAAAUUUCUUUCAGAGUGCUGUAAACUAUAGCACUAUAGCAAGGCGCAAAUGGAAUUUUGCUUAUAUAAUUAUAAUUCUGUAUGUCUAAUAAUGUUUUAGGUAGACAUUCAUUAAAUUGUUUAGCUUCAGUAAGUGCUAUAGAUCCAGAACACUAUCCUAGUAACACUGGCACUAGGCUAGAAGAUUCAUCCUGGAUGUGAUGCCAGUCCAUCACAAACACACACACACACUCACACACACUCACACAUAGGCACAGUUUAGUCUAGUCAGUGUGCCUACCUGCAUGUACACUGGAAAGAAAACAGUGCCCCACUGGAAACCUGCACAGACACAUGAAGAACAUACAAAACUCCAUACAGAUAGCAUCCUGAGCUCAGAAUCGAGCCCUGAUAGUGCUGCCUCGCUGCUUUGCUGCUCCACCUGCUACACCACUAUACAGUCCUUUAACAAAGAUUUUUUCACUUGUUUCACAUGUUUCAGGCUUCUUUUUUAACCUGAAAUCAUUGAAAAUAAUUUGAGGUAGAUCAUCAUAAUCAAAUUCAAAUGUCAUAUGUAUUGCCUUGUAAUUUAGUUUAUUAGGUACUCCUAUACAGUAAUAUUAAUUCUAAGGUUCAAAUGAUAAUGUAGUGCAUCUGUAGAGUAAAAGAAAGAACCUGCAAGAAAUGUAAUUCAGAUUCAGAGUACAGUUUCCUGUACAUCUCAGUGGAACAUUUUAAAACAGUUAGCAAACAUAAACACACUCUUUCAGUAUAUUAAAGUCCUAUGUGGACUUUUGAAAAUGUGAACCUAAAGAUUCAGAGCAAAAUGGUUCUUGACAAAUGCGAUAGUCUGACAUGGUAUGUGGUCCUAUCAUCAGUUGAAUAUCAUAUGUCAAUAAUGUGUUGGUAGACUCCUUUGCAGUCCUAGGGCCAAAGAGGGAUAUAGAGUUAAAAUGGGGCAUAUCACACAGGGACACACACACACCUUGCUCACGGCACAGAACCUUGUCAGACGAAAAAGAGCAAUUAGGAUAGAAAUGAGGGGAAGUCACAGGGGAAGCGGACGAUGAAGACUUUAUUGAUUAGCGCGAUUUCACAGAUCCAGCUUUCACUGUAGCAAUUACACUGAAGUCAUUAGAGACCAGUGCUACAGGAGUAGCAAAAAUGAUUGUCUAAACAGACCGUGAUAGCAAAGUUAGCAUAGUUACUGUAGUCUUCUCUAAGAAACUAUUAAUGAGCAGCUUUUAUAAAAGUUUAAAAAUGAAUUGCAAUUAAAUGGAAGCUUUUUGAAAUCAAUAUAUUGGUCAGAGUCCAUGAUAAAGAACUAGGAAAGGUUAAGGAACAGGAUGGAUGGAUGCCACUUAUGGCAUGAAUGGCAUUAAAGUCAUUAAAUACGUAUCUGAUGAUCUGUGAUGUGUAGUGUAAUGCGUAGUAAUAUGCAAUUUUGCUGCUGAAGCAUAACAUGUUAUAUCCUAUGGAGUUAUUAUAAGCUGAUGAGAAGUAGAUUUGUAAGCUAGCUAAUUUUAGAUGCAAGGAAUAAGCGCAUGACUGUGGUGAGCAAAAAGACAAAUUUAACAUAACAAAUAACACCCGCUGUAAGUAUGCAUGGAAAGUAUAUGUCCAUGCUAAAAAUUUGAUUGCUAUAUUUAAAAAAAAAAAAAAAAGCUGUAAGAAUACUCAUAUACAGAUAAUUAUGGUACAAGAAUAUAUUAGUGGCAACACAACGUAUUAUAUUUUACACUGGAGUUUAUUACCUGUUAUAAAUUAAUAAACUAUUUUAUUUAUUUCUGUCUUGAUCUUAAUUUGUUAAUCAUAAUGGAUAUUCAUUAUAGAGUACCACAGGGCUAAAGGCCCAGCAUUAGGAAGAAUUUGUGUUGUCUUCCAACGUAUUAAUUAGUAAUAAUUAAUAAGUUACUUAGUACUAAGUUACUAAGAUGAAUAAAUAAUAUGUUAUUACACAAAAAUAUAACACUUAAACCCUGAACACUGAGCAAAGGUCUGACAGAUGGUAGGCUUCAGACAGAUGGUACACACUGUACUUGUAAAAUAUCAUUAAAUCUUUAAGCACCAUUAAAGCAUCUUUUAAAUCGUAUUCCUUGCUCUCAUAUUUAUUGUUCACAUCUUCCCUAUUCACUGCUAUUAUUGGUAACUAAAAGUUCCUGAAUAAUAUGCUUCAAGAUAAAUAACUUUCUUAAGAUGAUUAUAUGCCUGUGGUUUAAGAUGUACACAUAAACACAUCCCUGUUCGUAAAUGAAUCGAGAGGAUAGCUCGAGAGUAGAGGAGAGUACAGAACUUUCAGAACUAGAAACAUGAACACCAAGGACAGUAGGGUGAGCGGGGAGGUUAGCAGAGAGUGAAGCGGUGUGUGUUAAAGGGACAAACACAAUCUGUUUCAUUCCUAAAUAGAGAUGAAUCCGGCUUUGCUUCCUUUCGCUCAAUCAGCCAUGCUCGGCCAGUUCCGCCAUGCCUCGCUCCCUCUAAACACCCAUAACCAUUAAUCCCAGACAUAUUAUUUAUAUUGUCUAAUUGUAAAGAGGAUGAAUUAUCAAUUAUGGUUAGUGCUUAAUUGCCCUUCAUAAAGUUAGCUUCCCCCUGGCUUUAAAGUGGGCUAUUUAAACAACGUAACUAAUAACCCUAUCCUUUACAUGGAGAAUACAUCUUCAUUGUUGAGAGCAGCGAGUGUGAGAGUCACUCCUAAUUUAACGGGCAAUCGAGGGAAGGCAUGCAGGUGGCACCGGGGGGACUCGUUAAGCGUUAAUGAAUUAUGACACGACCUUCUGAGAACAAUGAGGAAUUAAUGCAAGCUGUGACAGACAGAAGCUUGCAUCUGCCUAAGGCCUGUAUCCUAUGGACGUAUACAGGGUACUGUAGGUGCAAAUUUGGAUUUGUAUGGCUGUGUAUGUACACCCAUUAAAAAUGUGGUUAUUUGAUUAUUCUCUGUCCUUAACAUGCAACACCCCUCUUCAUAACUCCUUUGCAAACAUCUGAUACACACCAUGAGUGUAGAUGAGAAUAGUGUGACAGAAGCCAAUAAAAGCACUGACACAUAAAGUGACACAUGAAGGCUGGGAGAUAUUUUGAAGGACAGAGUCUUUCCUUUUAAGAAAAAUAAAUUUCUCAAAAAAAAAAAAGUGUCCUCACACUUUUUCCAUUUUGUUUUUAAUACUACUGACUGUAGAAUCAUUGUAAACCUUUUUACAGUAGUUAUUGCAGUAGGUGAACUGACCUUUACCUGUGUAUUUGUUUGUGUGUGGGUGGGUGCAGGCAAGAGUGGUGAUCUGUUAGUGAGCGAAUGACAGAGUCUCUUGGUGUAAUUACCCUCUCCUGCAAUGAUGCGGCCCUUUAACAAAUCGCUCGGCGACUUUCCACAUCUGCUCCAUGUCAGCAUCUGGCAGAGGCGCUCAGCCAUCCCGGACGCAGUGACGAGCCCUCAUUAGAGCCACUGCUGAACAACUAGAAGUGCUAGGACAAUUAUGGGGCAAUGAAGCUGACCUUGUACCCACCUCAACACCCUACAUUUUUUUUUCAUUUGUAGUAGAGGGCUGCAAGAGUAUCUCUGUUGAUCUCCACAUUCAUAAUUUAACACAUAAAGCAAAUGAAUGUAUUGAUGCUUUUACAGUUUAUUUCUUCUUAUUGUAUUGAUGAUAUACAGCAUAAUCUGCCUUAUUUAUAAAUGUGUUUAUCUAUGCUGCUGGAGUCUUCAGUGCAUCUGCUGUCAUGCCUUUUUAUUCAGACCAGGAGGGCUCAUUCAUGAUUUCCUGUUCUGGCGUUUCAGACUUCAAAAGACAGACGUGGUGGACCCUCUUUUCUUUUGUCCAGACAUACUUUGUACAUGAACAGAAGGGAUACGGGCUGACAAAGGGAAUAGCCCUGUCUGUGAAGGGAAUCCCACCCAGUGAUGUGAAUUCCACCAUUAUACAAAUUAUCCAGUGUUUAGCAACUGCACUAGUCUUCCUGGUGUGCCACUGAUUUUAUGGAAGUGGGAAUGCAGAAACAGUGGGACAGUUCGUCCAUAAGUGUGCCCUCUCCACAGGCACCCUUAGUCCCUGGCUGUGAGCCCUUCAGAUCUCUGCUGCCUGGAGCAUCGCUCUGUGGACAUAACUGCUCCCAGCAGCUGCUGCUCUUUUUAGGCAGCCUCCUCUCCCCUUGCAAAUUUUGUACUAACAAUACCUGUAUACUCAUUGUUACUGAGACACACUUUUGUUUCGUAGCCCUGUGUAAACAAAUGUGUGUGCGGUGUGGGCCACAGAGAGGAAGUUGUAAACCGUCAAUAAGAGCUCAUUCGUAUGGAGUUUCCCAGUUACUGGUCUUAGAUAUGCUAAUGAAGACAAACAGCAGACUCAGUGGGGACACAGACUGGCUCAUGUUUGACCAGGUUGCAGUCAAGAAACAUGGCAGGUCACCUACUACUGGAAAACAAGGCAGAGAAAAAACCCAUGACACAGGAAAUUUAAUCUGUCUCUAACAUAAAGCAUAAGUGAAGUGCAGAAAUAUCAUGAUCAGUGAAGUGUGCAGGAUGGCCUGCAAACUGAAUUUUAGUCUUUAAUAUUACAGUAUACAAUUUAAUAACAAAAAGGCAAUUUGUAAAUGUUUGCUCAAAAUGGUCAGUAGUGGCUCUUUGGCAGUUCUGGGAUUUUAAACUCACAACCUUCAUUAGCACUAGUAGAUAGAACCAAAGAAUUUACUGAGUAUAUCUACAAUAUAAGUGUAUUAUACUGGUCGAUUGACUGGUGGAUUUUUAAGAUCCAUAUUUCGUAUAUAUAUUUAAACAUGAGAAAUAUUAAAAUUUGGAGAUUUCUAGCUUCUAAGAUUUUAUGCUACCUAAGAUACUGAUCUGAUAUGUUUACUGAUCUGAUACUAAUCUUUACUUUCUUUGCAUGUUGGAAUCCGAUUGAGUAAAAGCAGCCUUAAAAAAGCCAUAUAAGGUACAACAUUUUAGACAUUGUGUUUAGUAAGUGUGGUAAGUGAACUACCUAAUCGUACAGUCACACGACUUAAUGGUUCAAUGGUAAACCCCUCUUUAGUGAAACCAAGCAUUAUUGGGCUCUUUUAUCAGUGUUGGACAGCCGCUGAGCGCAUUGAUCCGCAAUGUAGGUGACCUAAGUCCUAGCAACAGUUACAUUAUAAAUAUGAUCAAAACUAGUCAGAUGGCAUGGCAAUGCAAAGUGAUCAUAAUAAACCUGAACACAUGUAGUAGAUCCAAUCACUGUGAAUAAUAGAAAAAGGAGUUUGUUCUCUUACAUAGACCCCUACUGAGGCACCCUUACAAAAAAGGCACAUGAACAAAAUUCACACCUGGCAUUUAGACAUAUCCCAUGUCAUGUUUCUCACAUUUGAAACAUGUGCAUCAUUUACAUGCAGUACACUGUGAUUUUUUUUCAUUGAUGAUUUCACAUUUUUGUAGUUUGUUUUACAUGUGAUUACACAUUGUGUACAUGAGUUUGAGUAUGUGUAUGCGAUGGGGAAGUAUGUAAUGUAUAUGAUUUUCUUUUCUGUGAACAUUUCUCAACAUGUGAAAACAUAUUGGUGUUCAAAAUGUUACUAUGUGAAAAGAGAAACAAAAAUGCUGAAGGUGGAUGAUUACUAUUUUCACAUUUAGCUGGAGAAUAAGCUGAUGAGACAAAUUUGAAGAAGAGCCUUAGUCUUCAAUGUUUCCUCAUUAACAUGGGAACAUGUUGCUGUUGUGGGGUUCCUUCAACAAAGGAACAAAUAUAGAACCCUUAAACGUGUAAAGUAUAAUGAUUAUUUAUUUAUUUAUUUUUCAUUUUGUUGCCAUAUCCUAGCCUGUGACAACUGUGGUCACAAAAUUAACACAACUCGGGCGUAAUGAGAAACACUUAUUGAAUGCUUUUGAUUUACCUGUGCUGAAGAUAGUUUGUGAAUUUGCCUUAAUUUCUAUUGAUGGGCUUAAACGGUCCAGUGCUCUCAUCUUGCCACCUGCCACUCCAGCCUCCCUGAGGAGCAGAGCAUUUUAUUGAUUUAAAUGUGUAGGAAUGUAAGCGCCGGCUUGUUUAAGCCAAUUAAGAGACCGGCUUAAAGUCUGACCGUCACCUUGUCAGUCACGUGGCCUUAGCGCGCGCGUGUCUGUUUGAAAGCGGUUCACAGUAAAGAGCGCGCGCCUCUCCAUCUGUACAUUCCGCGUAGAAGGCGCACACCUCUCCAUCCACACACGCAACGGGAAGCGCUCACACAUCACUCUAUUCACACACACUUUACCAUUCACAAAGGCACUGGGAAGAGCGCACACACCUUUCCAUCCAUCGUCAAGAGCCGCAUCCGCGAUAGAGUAUCUCCGACGAUAAACAGGAAAGCGUUUAAGAGCGCGAGGAUAAAGAAGGUAAAUCUCUAGCGUCUCCGUUCUCCUGCCAAAGUGCCCUGGUUUGUUCAGGGCAGCGCGCCCGACUCAAGAUGUUUGAACACCAGGACCCCGCGCUGAAAACAACAGCCAGUCACAGAAUUUCCUUUUCAAUUAUGGACAUUCUGGACCCACACAAGUUCACACGUAAAAAGCUAGACGGACUUUCUACAGAGAACAGCGAGAUGACUUUCUGGAGCACAGAGUUUGGAAACAGUUCACUCUCUGGCAGAGAGACUCCUUCUCAAACUGAUUCAUUAAUUAUCAGUAAUAAUCCAGGUGAGUGCACAGAGGAAGAGCAGUAUAACUCGCCCCUCACACCUGAUGUGGAGACAACCACCGCCCUUAGAGACACACACACUCGGCUCUCAUGUCUCAAUGACCCAGAUGAGGCGGAAGGAGAUGAAGAAAGCAGCAGCAUUAACAGUGUUGCAGACGCGUCAGGUACGGAGGAUUCCGCGCGCCGCCGCCGCCGGUCCCGGUCCGAUCACGGGAGCGCGCGCCCCCGACGCGCCAGAACCGCGUUCACUUACGAGCAGCUGGUGGCGCUGGAGAACAAGUUCCGCGCAACGCGCUACCUGUCAGUGUGCGAGAGACUGAACCUGGCGCUGGCGCUCAGCCUGACAGAGACCCAGGUAAAGAUCUGGUUUCAGAACCGCAGAACAAAGUGGAAGAAACAAAACCCGGGAGCUGCAGACAAUAUCCUGCAACCUCCGAGCUCGAGCGUGAGUCCGGGUGGGGGACUUUGCGGGUCAGCCGUGGCGGGAUUUCACUCUUUCCCGCAUUUCAGCGGCGGAAAUGGUAUUUUCCACUCUUCAAGCGCUGUACCGUUAUCAUCCUCUGGCACACUCCUGCGUCCGUUUUUUUCUAGUGGCUACCUGCAGCCCACCUUCUUCCAGCCUCAUUUAUAAAAGGCAAGGUGACCUGCAAAAGAAAGAGGAGUGGAAUGGCGAACUUAAAAGUUAUGACAUUAAUAUAACAAAGCAUAAUCACAGGACUUCAAACUGGUCUUUCUCAUGCCAUUCUGGUAGCACCAGGACACAUGACUAUGCAGAACGAAUGCCAAAAUUGUUGCAAAGUAGUUAUUUUAGGACUGAGAGUUAAAAUGCAAACUGUAACUCAGUCUUGAGUCGCAUUUUAUAAAGAAAGAUCAAAACUUGUUAAUACUUGAUACAUCUGCAGCAAAAUUUAUCUUGUUGCAGGAUGCAUUAGUGGAUCCUUUAAUUUAAAAAUGUGUUCAUUUCAGUGAUUUAAAUAAUGUAUGUGUUUUAAAUGUCAUUAAAUCCAACUAUUUAACAGUAUAUUCUGAACAACUGUGAAGAA